AUGAGAGUAAACUUCAGUGAGCCAGCCACGCCGGCGAUGAGUCGGCAGACUUCCAGGGUGUUCGCUCCGCAUCACCAACGCACGGGGACAUAUCCGCACCUGCUCACUGCGCGUCGCAAGCCCCGCCGGUGGCCGCUUGUUUUCCGAUUUGUGAAAGGCGCCAUUCACGGCGCCAUCAUAUUGUCUGUGAUAUUCCACGCGCUGUUUACGUCUUUCAUUGUCUAUCUAGACCAAUAUGUCUUUGACACUGUCGGGCUCCCCAGUAGCAUAAUUCCGUCAUUGUCAAUAGUGGUCGGUUUGAUGCUGGUCUUCCGCAACCAAACCUCGUAUAACCGAUUCUGGGACGGUCGCAACGCCACGACGACGGUCUACACAUGCAUUCGAAACCUGGUCCGCACGACCAUCACCAAUGGCUACAGCACGAAGCGGCCGCUGAACGAGGCGGAAAAGCACGAUAUCGAGCGCACGAUACGAACGCUUAUGGCUAUGCCGUAUGCCAUCAAGAAUCAUCUCCGCGCGGAAUGGGGCGCUACCCUGGCACUGGGAGACGACGUUGGAGAGAACGGCAUCGCCAAGUACGAUGCUGAUUAUGCGAGUUUGCUACCUGCAGAUGUGGAGGGCCAUGAGGAUGAGGGACUGGGCUUGCCCUUCCAAUUAACCUUUUUUAUCGACGGCUUUAUCAAGCGAGGCGUUGAGAGGGAGUGGUUCAAUGCGCCCGCGGCAAGUCAGAUGCAGGCACAGCUCAAUACACUGGUAGACGCCUACGGGAAAAUGGAGACGAUUAAACUGACCCCUAUCCCAGUGGCGCAUCUGAUCCACCAAAAGCAAGUCCUGGCCCUAUUCGGCUGCGUUAUCCCAUUCGGGAUGGUCGACGACCUCGGCUGGUGGACAGUCCCUAUCGCCAGUCUGGUGAUCUUCACGCUGUACGGAAUUGAGGGCAUUGGGUCGCAGCUGGAGGACCCGUUCGGUUACGACCGCAACGACAUUAAAAUGGACGCCAUUGCGGGCGACGCCAAGACCGAGAUCGACGCCGUACUCGGUGAAUGGCGGAGAUUGAUGGCAACGGUCCAGCCGUUAGACCGAACUGGGGAUGGUUCUGUGGAUGAUAAAUAUGUGCCGCCGGAGAUGUUUAUCAGGAUCAAACCACGGCCGGGGCAGCAGCACUAA